GUCUUAUUAAUUUUUAAUGGAAAAUGGCUGCGUUUCUUUACCAAACCGCAGGAGCUGGGAGGUGAAAGAAAGAAAAGGCGGUUUCGGCGUUUCUGGUCGAAGUAGUUCGAUGCGGAGACCGCUCGCUAGCGAAGCAGACGUCCUGUGAUUUGAGAAGAAGUGGGGAAAAUGGAGCGACUCACGCUUUGAGGGAUGAAAGAUCAUUUUUCUCCUUAACCCUUAAUGCUCCGAGAUCUGCUAACAAUCGAGCAAAAGAUGAUGCGCCAGGUGACAAGCAGCGAUUUCUGCAUAAAUAGCAGGCCAUCUUGCCUCGCAGAGGAUGGCCACGACCCCACCUCUCAUUUUGAACUGUGCACAUCCCAGCCCAACAAGUUCUACCCUCCUCCCCCUCCAACGUCCCUCCAGAUGACAUUGGCCCCCAUGACCUUACCCACCCAGAGCCACAAGCCCAUAGUGUGCCACAGACAGGACGUUCUUGUGGGUGACCCGCGCUCACCUGGGAAAAUAACGGUCCUGAAAGGAGCCGAGCAACCUCCAGAUGACGCCAAGAAGAAGAGCAAAGGGGUCGGGAAGACGGGCAGACGCGGGAGGCCGUUGGGAACCACCAAGCUAGCUGGAUAUAGAACCAGCACCGGACGACCCCUCGGCACAACUAGAGCUGCUGGGUUUAAAACCAGUCCGGGAAGGCCGCUGGGUACAACCAGAGCUGCUGGGUAUAAGGUCAGCCCUGGACGACCUCCGGGCAGCAUUAAAGGUCUAUCUCGCCUCAACAAACUAGCUUAUAGUAGCACCUGCAGUGGAGCAGCCUUCCCCUACCCACUGCCACACAAAGAAAUCCUCUGUGAACCUUCCUGCAAAGAGAAGCCAGCUAACGAGCCAAGGCUCUGCACUGAUUCUUCUUCUCCCUGAACUGCUUGAACAUUUGACACACGUAUAGGUUUCCUGCUUCGCGCUUUUAAAAUAUUAGUGUUGUUAUGUGUAUGCCUGUCAUCUAAUAUACUUCUCAUUAGUUUCCUAAUGCCUCCACUGUAGAGCGUAAACAGUCACAAAUCAGCUGUUCACGGAGCACGAAGCUUCAGCCCAACGGCUCCUAGUUCAACUUCCUACAUGUAGCAUUUAAAAGCAAAAGUUGCAUCAGCACAAUACAAAUGAGCUCAUGUGUUAGCAUCAUCACCUGUAUCAUUACGGUUUAAACAAGCAGCUGUCUCUGCGAUCUGGUGUCUGCUGAAAAAAGAUGAGCAGCAUCUCGACAUGCUCUCGGUAACCAAACCAGUUUUACUCGGUUUUCCACCAGAUGCAAAAGUGGCGCGUAAUAUAAUUAAUUCAUUUUUACCUGCAGUCUCAGCGGCCUGUCCCUGACUACCUGGAGCGUUUCAGACAUGCAGCAAAUGUGUUCCUUACAGCCGGGCCGCUUCGCAAUAGCCAAGUGCGCUAGAACGUUCUUGUGUACUUUUUAAGUAUGUUUUUGGCAAGUACAGCAGAACAUCUAUUCUACUGAGUAAGGGAAGAUGAGGAUGGCAUUUGGAGCAGAAUCAUACUUUGUAACCUCUUGGCAACAAGGGCUGUCUUAUGCUACCGUUAAAGAAAACAACCUGAAAUUUAAAUAAAGUCUAUUUUGUCCCUUAAAUAACCAAAUAACAGUUAUAUUAAAUUUGUAUAAUAUCAGGUCAACGUUUUAAUCAAAGUAGCUAAAAUACCAGCAUUUUAUGCAGGUAAAUGAAAAUAACAUUUUUCAUCAAAACAUUUAAGUGUAUAUUUAUUUCUGACUCUUCACGAUGCCUUGGAAUGCUAAUUAGCCAACCACUAUCAAAAUAAAAGCAGAGUUGCCAUAAACAGCUGUUUCAAUGAACUGCGAGAGAUGGUCAAAAGCGGACCAAAUACAAAUAAUAUGUAAUUGUUGUUAUUUAACAGACAGACUUUUAUUUUUAUGUCAGUUUUUAUUUAUUAUUUGGCCAUUUUUUUUAGCAACAAAGUUCUGUUCAAAAGGAUGCCCUCGUCCUCCCAUACUCGGUAGAAUGGACUUUCUGGCGUACUUACCAAGAGCGGACUUGUCAAGUACACUAGAGCAUACUAGCGUACUUGGGUAUUGAGAAGCGGCCCAUGUCUCGGUUGCCAUAGUUACCUUGGAUUGCCACUUAUCAGUUGGCUUGUUUUUAUGCAGAAUAUUUAUAAAUAAUAAUAUUUAUAAAGUGUUUUGAUCUAGAGUUGGGCAAUAAAUCGAAAAUUUAUCGCUAUCCUAGUUUCUGACUCUGAUCGAGAUAAUUUUUCCAAUGUCAAUAAAUUUGAUGAUUAGAAAAAUGAAAGAUGUGUGUAUGUUGACAACGCUCAUGUCUCUUUAAGAAGCUGUACCACCAUGAGUCACGUAAAAAUGGGACUCAACGUAAUACACUUGACAGCCCCAUCUAGUGGACAACUUUUAUUUCUGCGCAUACCUGUAGUUAUCGUCCAUUAAUCGUUAUCGAGGUAAAAUCCUCAAUAUAUCGUGAUAUUGAUUUUGGGCCAUAUUGCCCAGCCCUACAUCGAUCAUUCACGGCAGAACGUGGGCGUGUAGGAGGCGGGAUAUGAUCCAUGGACACCUGAGCACAUUUCUAGGACUGGUUUAGAUUUAUGAAGCUGGAACUGUGUGAAGCUUCGUGUAAGCGGAGCUUUUAAAGUUGGAAAAUUAGUUUGCGAAAAAUGUUUUUUUUUUUUAAAUAUGGCUGAGUUUACGUAAACUUUUAGUAAGGAUUCUACACUUGGGGGAUGCGUGUCUGUGCGCCCGGUGGAUACAAACUGACUAUAAGGAUAGUUGUUAGCAGACAUUACGUACCGCUUAUGUUUCCGGUGGAAAGCCCUAAAAACACGACUUCUUUAGUAGUCGUCUUCUAUUUUCUAGAUUCUACUUCCAAAAAGAUUUUAUUAUUAUUAUUAUUAUUAUUUAUUAUUGUUGUUAUCUUUUGCAUGCAGAUGUCAUAACUCAGUUUACAGGCUUAUUUAUAGUUUUUCUUUGUUUUUUUUCCUGUUUUAUUACAUAAGUAUAAAUUAAAUAAAAACACAAACGUUCUGUUUCCCCUGAGCUUCUCCCAUCACCUUGUUUGUUCAUUAGUCGGCCCAGGAGAGCUGAAAAUGCAGACGAACGAGGUUUAUUCCCACUGCAAGAUCUUCCCGAGACUCAUCUUAGGUUUUCCAAAUAUAACUUAAGUUUUAUUGCUUAGUGAUUGCAUACAUGGAUGCUCAGCGCAGAUUCGUUUUUCAGCUACUUUUUGUUGGAUGCAGUCCGAAGAUUUUUGAUAUCCCUAUAGAUUUCCAGUUUGUACAUUUUAUAAGGCUCUGCUUUUCUACACGUCACCUAAAAAUAACAAGUGAUCAAUUUCAACCUCAUUAGAUGAAUAAUUGCAUUUUUUACAUCUCCAACUUACAGAAACACGUGGUGCAAACUGGACUGUCUCAAUGGUUAAUGAGGAAGAAAGGGACACUUUAUUUCAUUGUCUUGUUGUUUAUUUCCCUAAAACAUCCUCACAAUUUUAGAUUUGAGGAUAAAAUGUAAAGAAAUGGUGAAAUAUUGACCACAUGAAGCUGUAUUUUAUUCAUUGUAAGCUGAUAUUUUAACAAAAAUGUCACGAAACAAUUUAUUUUUUAAUAUUUCAUAGCAUGUUACACUGUAAAUAUAGUGAGACCAUGUAAUCAAAGACUUUUAAAGUCAAAUUUGGCCUUUUUUCUUCCAUGUUGAGUUGUAUUAUUUAUAAAGAGGUCAAAAAACUUCAGUAAGCAAAUUAGUUUGAAUUCUCUGCUAACAUAGUUAUAAACUGAAAUUUGGUGCAAUAAAAUGUUGUGUUUUACUGUAAUUAACUUUUUAUUAUUGCUGUGAUUUUAAAGCUCCACCCAGUACCUUUUGGGUGAUUCGUGCCGUGUGGAUGAAACGUCUCACAAAGUUUUUCACUCUUCUUCACCAAAGAAUGCCGCUUGUCUGCAGACAUUUGUUCCUUUUGUCAGAGCGACGAGAGCAAACUAAACACGUUCGACUCUACCCUUCAAGUCGCAUCGGUCGGUCAAAUAGUAAAAUAAAACAAAACCGAUAUUAACAAUUUAAUUUAGUGUUUAAUCCACAUGUUAUUCUGCUUCCAACAUAUCCUUUUGUAGUAUUUUUGGUAACCGUGGUUUACUGAAUUCUUAAACUGUGUCGGAACAAUUCAAAAGGUUUUAACCCCUGGUGUAAAUGUGCUUGUGCGACGCACUAUUAGCCAGGUAGCUUUUGUUUACAGAAACCUCAUAUGACAGAAAAACAGAACCUUAAAAAGAUGUCUCGCAGCUUAUUCAGACACAAAAUCGACACUUGUAGCAUCGCUCCACCUUCUGUUACGUCUCUUCACCCUAAAGGUUGUUUUCUACAGUUAAAUUAUCACAUCAAUCUGUUUAUUCUAGAAUAAAUAGAAAUAAAUUCAUGCACUGUAACGUUUUUCUUCUUUUGACAAGAAAGCAAGUAAACAAUAGUUUUCUUGUAUUUAAUAACUCCACAGCAAGCAAACGUAGCUGGUUUGUUUGAUUUUUGUGUUUUAAAGGUAAAUAGUGCAGUUCUAUACACGAUUUAUUAAAAGGAUCUUUGUGUGGAUGUUAUGUUGUGAAAGCUAACCUCACAUAUAUAUUUGAUUUGUUCAGCAUUUGGAAAGAAAAGUAUUUUUUUCAGCUUCUCUGGAUAGUUUAGAAAAAAUUGGCUCAGUCUAAAUUAUAAUAUAAAUAUAUUUAAAUGGUUUGUGUUAUCUUUUGGACACGGACAUGAGGGAAUCAUUGACAUUCUUUACAGUAAAGGUUAUUUAAGUCAAAAUAUAAAAAAGUCUUAAGAAGCGUACAUGUAUAGAUGCUGAACAUAUGCUGUCCCAUCAUAACGAUGCCUACACGAGACGUUAGAUUUUGCCUCUAUUAAUAAUUCAUACUAAAUGUCUAAAGUAAAGCUAGGAUUAAAGCUUUACUGUACAUUUUAAUCUAUUUUAUUCACUAAAUUUUGUAAUGAAACAAUAAUUAGAAUUUAUUUUGCAGAAGGAAUCCAUUUGCAAGAAGAAUGUAAGAAAUGAAAAUGAACAUUAUGAGGGUCACAGUUAAUAUCAGUGUUAUGAUUUUUAGAUAUUCUGUUGUUUAUUCUCUCACCCUUCAGCGUCACCUCACAUCUGUGUUUUUAAGAAGCUCUAAUGUCUAGUUAUUCCAGGAGUGUGACUGAUGAAGCCUGUUUAGCUUUGGACACGUCCCAUUUUAUUCCUGCAUGAUUGUUGUGAAAUGUGAAGAAUUGUGUAAUAAAUCUUUAAAAUUAA